UAGCAACAAUCUCCACUAAAGCGAACGUUAAGCACCAUUCCAUUCAAUCACGUGGUUGCUGGUAUCUGUUUCAUUAUUUGCUCCGUGAGUCCCUGAUACACAGUACUAUAGCAGGAUGCGACUCCUAGAAAGUUUCCUUUUUUUAGUCAUCGUACAGAUUCAGUACGUGCUAUCCUCCAAAGACCCAUACGCUGAUUGUCGAAAGAAAGUUAAAGUCAGCGAAAACGACGUGUUUCUGGUAAUGAAUGAGAACAAAACGGAAAUCGACCACGUACUUGGACCUUACUUCGUUUGCGUAUGGCAGCAUCGAAAAGUACAAGUAAUGAAUAAUGACGGGGCAGUUUCAAAGAGGCGUCUCGCAGAGUUCAUUCUACGGGAACUGAGAGGGAUGAUGAAUCUCCACGACGAUAUCCUAGCAGAUUUGGAAACUGAAAUUUUAAGGUGCGACUUAGAGCCUCGCAUGUUUGUCGAGCAAACGGCUGUAGUGGUCAAAAAUUGCCACGCGCACGUUGUUCUAACAGCUUUCGGUUGGAGACUUACGGGGGAUGGAAAAAAAGACCGUCAUCAGUCCUUCAUAUUAACUAAUAGAUAAUAAUUAAUAAAUUCUGGUUCACAGAGAAA